GACAAAAACUUUGCAAAAUGUUUGUCAUUUGAAAAUAAAAACUGUGCAAAUAAUUUUGAAGAAUAAGUUAUUAUUUUUAUAUCAGGCUUAUUUCUCGUUAAUUGUUGUAAUUCAAUUACAAUUAAUUAUUUUUUCGUUGUAAGAAAUAAGUUGAUACUAUGUCUAAAAAACCGAAUUCUGGAAAGAAGACUAGUUUGUCCCAAUUUGGUCUACUUGAUAUGGAUAUGGAUGAUGGAGAUGAUGAACUUUUGGACCUGUCAGAUGAUGAUAUUGACUUAGAAGCUGAACUGGCUCUGAUUAGUGAUGGUGGUGGUGGCAAACCUGCCAAGCCUAAGAAGCCAGCACCUGUACCUGCAGCUAACUUAGAUGUUAUGAUUGCCCAAAGUUUGAAAGAUGUGCCUUCCGAUGAAGAUGUUUCUGAUGAAGAUGACCCUGAGUUAUUGAAUGAAUUGAAAGAGCUGGCAGUUGAUGACGAUGAGUCGCCCCCCGCGCCGCCGCCGCGCACAUCCCGUCCAGCGCCCCCACCCCCCGGUGCCCCUGCCAGUGCUCAAAAUAGUACUAUAAGUUUAUUGCAAGACAGAAUUUCCAAUUAUACGUUAGCUGAAAAGAAUGCCAAGGCAAGUGGGGAAAGCAGUAGAGCCAGGAGAUUCGGGCGAGGCCUCAAGACUUUGAAUGAUUUAUUAAAACAAGCUAAAGCUGGCAAACCUAUCAAUGAUGAGGACAUUCCUCCACCAGUGAGCAUGGGAAAAUCUGCAGCACCUCAGUCGGCUCCUGAACCAGUAGCUGCAGUAGAAUCUACACCUGUGCUUGACCCAGUUCCCACCGCUCCAGAAUCUGAUGAUGAACCUCCCAGUCUCCCAGAGCCUCGUGAACCACCACCGCCGCCUCCUCCUAUAGAGUCUGAAACUACAGAUCUUGAUCCUGAGAAACAAAGGGGACUGCAGAUGAUAUUGCAACGUAAGGAGGAAUUUAAAGCGGCAGCUCUAUCAUCAAAGAGGUCAGGGGAUAAAGCGAUGGCGAUAGAAUUCAUGAAGGUUGUGAAACAGUUUGAUUUAGUUGUGGAUGCUUAUAAAGCGGGCCAAGAAAUGGACCUUGCAGAACUGCCCACCCCGCAAGCGAUAGAAGCAGCAUUCAAAAGCCAAGCUAAGGAAGAAGCGCAUGUACAGACCUCAGAGGAUCCAGAACCUCCGGCCGCUGCUGCUGCCAGUGAAGCUGUUGUUACAGCGUCAACAGUUGAAGAAGCUUUGAAGCAAAGAUUAGCGGCGUUUGAGCAACAAGAAGCAAAAGCGAAGGAGGAGGGUAACUCAUCUAAAGCUCGUCGCAUGGGGCGUAUAGUGAAACAGUAUAAAGAUGCGAUCAGAUUGCACGCCGCCGGGAAACCUAUCCCGGUGGACGAACUACCCACACCUGCGGGACACGGACCAUUACCCACGGGAGGGGGUGGUGGUACCGCGCCCGCCCCCGCCCCCGCCCCCGCGCCUCGCCCCGCGCCCCCCGCUCCCUCCACGCCCCCCUCCGCCUCUAGUUCCAGACACGAGAAGCAGCUAGCUUUGCUGUUGCACAGACAGAAACAGUUUAAAGAGGCUGCCAUCAAAGCCAAAAAAGCCGGUGACAUAGAACAGGCCAAGGAAUAUUUGCGGGCGGCCAAAGGUUUCGACACAGUUAUAGAGGCGGCGCGCGGCGGACUUGUGGUGGACUUGCAGUCGCUGCCACUGCCGCCGCGUGCCAAAACACAGUUGGAGAACACGUUCGACAUAGUAUCCGCGGAAGACUGCGGCCCUUCAUCAGACGGCCCCACCACUAUAACCGCUGACGACGACGACGUACUGUCUCGGUUACAUCAGCAGCUCACGUCGCAGCUGAAGCUCUGCUUAGCCAACAGGGACCACAACAAGGCCAUGGGCCAUAUCGCCGAAGCGAACAGAUUCGAACACUUGGCCAUUACUGUGCAACAGGAUUUGGAUGUGGUUGCUGUUGCUAAGAGGUUGGGUCAGAAUCCACCCAAAUUCCAUUAUGAAUCUCGUCAGUUCUCUGUGGUUCAAUGCAACACCGACCUUAAUGAGAACGAUUUGGAGUUGACUAUCGUGCGCGGUAUCGCUUAUAACGUGCCCAACCCUAAGGACGUGGACACUUAUGUCAAAUUCGAAUUUCCCUUUCCACAGGAGGCACCGGUAUCGGAUCGCACAUCAUUAAUAAAAGACACCAAUAGUCCAGAGUAUAACGCCGUGUUUCCACUCGUCAUACAGCGGGGCUCGAGACCUUGCUUACGAGUUUUCAAACGGCAUGGCAUCAAGCUAGAAGUCUACUCGAGAGGUGACAUCCCUCACCCGAUAGUUCAGUCACCGACCAACACUAGAGCGUGCCAUGAAAGGAGCGUUCCGUGUUCGUUCGUGUUCGGCAAUCUCCGGCGUUUGUUGGUGAUAGGACAGUUUAGUGGGUGGAGUCUAUACGGGGAUUGCACUAUUCAGAAAAACAAAAGCGGCUGGUUCAGGAGCGAUACUCUGCUGGGCGCAUGCACCGUCAAACUCGCGCCCCUCGAGACGCAGGUCACUAUACACGAGGCAUUCCCUACCCGCCGGCGGUUCUUUAGAAGUAAAGUUGCGCGUGCGCACGCCGCUACUGCAGCAACAAGUGGAACACUCUACGCACAGGUGGCUGCUCAUAGACAACUAACGGCCUUCCCUGCCGACAAGAAACUAUCAACAAUUUGA